AUGAACGACGCGAGGACGACGUCGACGAGGCGGAUGACCGGAGAUCAGCGCGGGACAAAGGCGAACUUAAGCGUGGACGUGGCGACGAGGGACGGACGCGGGCGCGAGGUUUCGCCGACGUCAGCUCUGGAUGGAUCGUACAACGGAGCGCUCGGCUCGUUCGAUAGCGGACGGUCGAAUUCCACGGAUGAAGUGGAGGCGCCUAACGAUAUGGGUGAAUCGAGAGGUAUUGAACGAACGCGUUCGUCGGAUAUGGAACUGUCGAGAUCGGCGUCGCGACAGCACAUCGAUCGAUUGCUCAGCGAGGCGGUGACGAUGUUUCAUCGGGACGGUCCGCUGGUAAAUCCGCUCGAGCGCAUUCCGAGUGCAAACAGCAUGGAGAUGCGAAUGCGGUUCGUGUGCGAAGCGAAAAAGUUCGAGUACGGUCUAUUCUGGGAAUUCGAGGGUAAGCAGUCGCUGCUUUGCACGUCCAAGGUGUGCAUCUCAGAUCAGGCUGGCGUGAACUUAUUCGUCGAUACAUCCUUCACCAUGUUCAAUCGAUUCAGCAUGGGUUUUGGCAUGCCUGGUCGUAUCGGUUACACCGGUAACUAUGAGUGGCACGAAGACGUGCGUCAGCUCCCAGCAUGGAGCUUUCAACGCAAGCGACAAGCCGAGCAGGCGAAGCUGCGCACCGUGAUCGGCGUCCCACUCGAAAAUGGCGUCGUGGAGUUUGGCACUCGCGAGACCGCCGAACACACCGUGAAUACGGUUCAAUAUAUUCAGAAACUCUGUCAGAUUAUGAAACCAGCCAGUGAAUAG